AGAGUCGACCAAGUCUCGCUACGUGAAUCUACUCCGCAUAUGUGGAUUUAUGUAGGCGAAAGUCAGCUCCCAGGAAACCUGCACCUUCUCAACAGUCUGUAAGCUAUCAUUUUCGUUAAUGAAGGCUUGCGAUUACGAGGAGGAUCUCAUCUUGGGAAGGCUUCCAGGACUCUCUGUUUCAUGCAAUGUGCGUGAGUCGGUAGCGUCAUUCGUUUAUAUUGACCAGCUUGUUCGAUCGUUUCCUUUUGUUUGGCUUCUUCUGUCAAUCUUUUGUCUCUACGUCUGGAUGUCUCUAGUGUCAUUUCUGGCCAAGUUCAUGGGCAUGGACGAUAGACUGAAAACCUCUAAUCGCUCGUUCACUCGAAGCGAUCGAGUCGGCAAGUCUAGAAGGUCUCCAAGGAAGACACCGGGUAGACAUGCGAAGGCGAAGAAAAUGCAAGAGAAGGUGGAAAAUCAGUCACCGGCUACUCCCCUCACCAGCCCUAUAGUCACCAUGAUCGUGAGUCACGAGCAACGUGUCUUCGUAGCUCAUGAGGAAAUUCUGUGCCGCUCGCCUUUAUUCCGGUCUCUACUCAAAGACGAGUUCGUUGGGGACAGCAAGAAUAAGGUAGUGGCUCUGCCAGAUGAAGAGCCAGAAGUUCUGUCCUGCGUUCUCGAAUUCCUGUACAAGGGAGAUUAUUUCCCGCGCCUGCUCCGUAACAAGGACACCAAUUCAAUGGAACUUGAGAACAGCCAGAACGUCACCACACAUCCCGGUGGCCGCGGAUCGAGCGAAGCGACUAUGUUCCACUCCGCCGUAGGUGACGUUGUCCUCAGGGACACGGUCGUGUACUGUGCAGCCGAGAAGUAUGGACUGGAGGGGCUCAAAAGCCUUGCUAUCCGCAAGCAGGGUCUUCAGAGCGGAAUCCCCAUCGAUGUGAUUCUACGAUCCGCUCGGUAUGCCUACGACAACACGCCAGACUCGGAGUAUCGACUACGCGCUCACUACCUAGCUAUGAUUAUUCGGACCCGACAGAUUUUCAAGACCAGUGGAACCAUGCAGUUUGAGAUGGAGAUGGGCCAUAAGUUCUAUUUCGAUCUGUUUGUUGCUAUGUGUAACCACAUGGACGAUCUGGAGGAGAUUAGUAACGAUGAAUCGCCUAAGAUGACCUAACGACUGCACAGUAAGCACGACGAUAUGUACAGAAAAUCACUAAAAAAAAUUCCCGAUCUUCACAUUACGAGUUGAACUGGAAUGCUUGAACUCAGAUCGAUCGAUUCCAUUCUAUGACUCAUGCUGAAUUAUUCACUUCUUCGAGGUUGGCCUACCAUAUCAAUAUCAUCUUUUAAUGAAC